CAAAGUCUCCUCCUCCUGCAGAACUCCACACUCCUUUCAGCCACUUUCACAAAGAAACUUUUCAAUACUUAUGUCUUGUUAUAGGAACUGCAAAAGGAGUUAGAACCCACAUUCUUGUUCUGGGGUGGAGAUUAGUUCGUCAUGGCCUCUGAUCCCUACAUCUUCGACACCAACACUCUGCCCAGUGACCCUCGUUUCCUCCCUCCGUUGGCUAAUGGGCUUCUGGGCUGGAGAUUAUACAAUAAUAUCAUGCAUAUGGGUGGUGUGUAUAAUGGGGAAGGCGGACAGUGUCACAGAGCAGAUGUCCCCUGUCCCUUUGCUGUGGACAUCGAAACUGAUGAACCUUCACAACACAUGUACACCUUGGACACCCGCUCAGGUGUUUUUACUCAUAGUCAGAUGACAGCUCAAGUAACUGCCUCACAGUCUUGGUAUGCGCAUCGACGCAAUUCCAACUUGAUGGUGAUGGAGAUUCUAUUGGUGCGGCAAAUCAAGUCAGAUGAGCCGAUCACCGUAAAGCUGAUCAGUUCUUUCACACCUCAGAGUAAAGACAUUGCUUUUCAGUCUGCUCCAGAUUACAAAGGAGGAAGGCAUAUCCAAGGACAGACAUCUACUGCAGAAUUCCCAGGGGGCUCCUGUCCCAUGGUACACCUUAUAUGGACCCUUAUACCAACCAGUCUGACACUUCUUCCAGAACAGAGUCAGGCUCAGUGGGGUUUUAUUCUCGUUGUUGCCAACAGUAUAGAUUCUGCUAAGGCCAAUUUUGAUGAGGGUCUGUGUCUGAUGGCAACUGGUAACCUACGUUCCUGUCAUGAACAGGCCUGGAAAGAACUUUGGCUACAGAGCACGAUAGAGCUUGUAGGGUCAGAGACCCUCAACAAAGCAUUGAUUGGUUGUAUGUUCUACCUCCUCAGUGUCUUUCCUUCUAUACAUGACUCCUCCAGCAAUUUUUGUGGUGUCAGUCCAGGUGGGCUGUCAAAUGGUGGAGAUAGUCAGGACUACUUCGGCCAUGUGUUCUGGGACCAGGACAUUUGGAUGUAUCCUGGGAUUUCUCUUUUCUACCCCAAACUAGCUUGUGCUGUGCUGGAGUACAGGGUGCGAACUAUAGAUGGUGCUAAAGACAAUGCCCAAAGGCAGGGCUACAAGGGACUAAAGUUCCCAUGGGAGAGCGCAGUGUCAGGGAGGGAGGUAUGUCCCAAAGAUAUUUAUGGACAACAAGAGAUUCACAUCAAUGGAGACGUUAGCCUAGCCUUCCAAAAUUAUUUCUACCUUACUGAGGAUCUGUCCAUGUUCACAGAGGGAAAGGGCAGCGAGGUGGUUUGGGGUGUGGCAGAUUACUGGGUAUCCAGAACAACCUGGAACCCUGAGGAGCAGAGCUAUCACAUCUUGGAUGUGAUUCCACCUGAUGAGUAUCACAACAGUGUCAACAAUUCUGUGUAUACAAACACAGUGGCCAAACUCAGUCUCCAGUUUGCUGAGGAGUUAGCUGAUCUCCUCCAGUAUCCUGCACCAAAGGAAUGGCAAGAAGUGGCUGCGCACAUCAAAAUACCUUUUGACGAUGAAGCCCAGUAUCACCCUGAGUAUGAUGGCUAUGUCAAAGGUCAGCCAGUGAAGCAGGCAGACACAGUGAUGCUUGGCUAUCCACUUGGGCUGCCAAUGUCCCCUGAGGUCAGAAGAAAUGACCUUGAAGUAUAUGAGGCAGUUACAGAUCCCCUUGGUCCAGCCAUGACUUGGGCCAUGUUUGCAAUAGGCUGGCUGGAGCAUGGGGAGGCUGAUAAAGCUCAACAUUUACUGCAGAAGUGCUUCAACCACAUUCAGGGACCCUUCCAGGUGUGGAGUGAAUCAUCAGAUGGUUCUGGUGUGGUCAACUUUCUCACGGGUAUGGGAGGAUUCCUGCAAGCUGUGCUGUUUGGUUAUACUGGCUUCAGAGUCCAGAGGGAUUGUCUGGCCUUUUCUCCACUUCUUCCCAGUGAUGUUUCUGAGCUUUGCAUUUGUGGUCUCAGCUACCUGGGUAGGAAGAUGGACUGGUUAGUGAGGCAAGAUGAAGUGUGUAUCAUACUGCAAGAAGAACAGAAUGGUGCUGAAAACGUAAAGGCCCUGAAUCUACAGGUUGUCCUGAAGGCAUCAGGAAAACGAAUUCCCCUAAUUCCAGGGCAGCCAGUAAUCUUUCCUCGAGAACCCGGGUGCAUUUCCAAACUGGAUUCAACAGUUCCCUGCUGGCCAUUUUGAAAUGGGAGCAGCCACCCUCCAAAUUAGUCCGUGGACCCUCAAGCAAUUUUGACCAAAUCAGUAUCAUCUAAGGUGGGAAAAAUGAGACUUAUAAGCCAGCAUCAGUAUAUUAUAGCCUUCAUAAAAAUGAAUGAUAACUUUCUCAGAGUAGUACUCAGAGUGUGAUCAGGAGUUGGGCUACCAAAAUACCUGUUUGAUUCUUGGCCAUGUUACAUGUAUCUGUUCUUGUCUAAAACACUUCAGCAUUGUCCCAGUCUAACCAACUGUAAAUGGGUAUCAGCCUCAGAUGGGAAAUUAAUCUGUGUUGGAAUGGCUACCUGGCCUAGGGGAGUUGUAAACUCUCAUCCGCUGUACAAUACAGAAUCUAUGGAUAAGCACCAGCACUAAUAAGCCUCUGGGCCUACCAUGGAUAUUGGACUUAUUUUCUCUGAGUAGGACCUAUAAAACAGGGCUUAAUUGAAGCAGGUCACCCAUUGCUUAUUUCCACCACCCACUUGUUUACUUUCAUGGCAAAAAUACAAACAAAACAAAAACAAUCAGGGUAUGCUAUACUGUGUAAUCUGUGGUAAUAGUAGUAUUGCAGAUCAGUGUGACUACUUGAGACUCUGUUGCAAAUGAGCAAAACAUUUGUGGCAUUGUGAUACAUCAUAAUCUACACAAGUGAAUAAUCAGAUGUCAUCUGUGCAAAUAAGGGUAAUAUGCAUCUUUUACUUUAAUUUUACAGAGGGCUUUGGGUUUUAUUUCCGUACUACGAGUAUAUUGAAAUUAAGAAUUUCUGCUUGAAUGAAGAUUUGGAUGUGUUGUCACUCUGCCAGGUUGAAAUUACAGGCUAAAAUUAGAGAUACAAAAAAGAUACAAUGCAGAUUAUUUUCUGUUUUGGAGACGAGCGCUUUCAUUGUCUGGAGCAGACAGCGGAGCACAGUGGGGUGUGUGUGUGUGUGUGUGUGUGUAACCUGUUGCAUAAUCAUAUAUGACACUGUGACACACAACUUUAAGCUGCUGUUGUGUACAAUCGACCCAAUUUUCUUAUUUUUGGAAUCAGGAAAGCAAAAAUCGACAAUGGGAGACUGGCUAAAACCUCAGACAGGGAUCAAAAUCUUAAAAUACUCUAAUCAUGUUGAAAAGGUUACUCCAUUAUUUAUUGGUUCAUAAAAAGACCAAAAAUGUAUAGUUUUUUUUUUUUUUUUACUGUCUACAUCCUAAAGUUGUUGAGUUAUGGGAUAAAACACCAAAAGUGGAGACAGAAACCAGUUUCAAUUUGUACAUGG